UAAAUAAAUCCAAAAAUAUGACAAGAAUGCCAUUGCCAACGUACUCUCUGUCAACAAUUAGAAAAAUCCCUAAAUAAAGUGUGAAUGCUUGCGUUGCUUGCUCACAUACAUCAAAGGUUUUGAAAGGCUGAAUGGGGAUGUAUAUUAAUAGUUCCCACAUGGCUACAAUAGUGCAAAGUACAAUAGGAUAAGAGGUAAUUUUUUACCCUAAGAUUUUUUGUCGUGUGGAGAUUUCGCGAAUUCAAAUGCGUAUUCAGUGAAUACUAUUCAUCUUAAAGGUUAGAGAAGUAGGGAACACGACUAUCGUCAGUAUUACUGUUAUUAUUGUUCAGUCCCUUACAAGAAAUUGGAGGAGCCAGAAAACAACCAAUGUGAUAGGACUGAUGACAUUGCUUCACAUCAAGUUUCAGAGCCUGGUGAGAAACUUAUUUUUUUUUGUGUAAGUUGUAAAACUGCUUACAAAACAGCUGUUAGUUUUGAGGUCCAUCAGCAGUGGCACAAAGUCUCACGUCCGUAUAAAUGUGUAAAGUGUGAAGCAAUGUUUCAACAUGCUGAAGCUCUCCAAGCACAUUUGCGAUGGCAUGGCCGCCCCUUUGUGUGUGGAAUUUGCAAGAUGACAUUCAAGAGUGCUGGAAGUCGCAAACUGCACAGAAAGAAACAUAUGAAACGUCUAUAUAAAUGUUCUACAUGUGGUGAUAGAUUCGUUAACGAAAUUGAACUGCAGAACCAUGAACGCAAACAUACUGAUUAUCCAUAUGAAUGUGAUGUGUGUGAUGCAUUGUACAUGGUAAGAUACUACCUCAAAAUUCAUAUGCGAAAGCAUACUUCUCGGAGACCGUGGAAGUGCUGGGAAUGUAAGGCUCUCUUUGUUGAAAGAACAAGCUUAGAUGUUCAUAAAGAGGAUUUUUCAUCAUUCACCAUCAGUUGUUGGAAUACUCGUAUCAUAACAAGACAGCUGCGACCAGAAGAGUCUUAC